AUGUGGAGAUUUCAAUGUUUCUUAUUAGUUAUAAUCAAAGUAGUUAUUGCUAGACCAAAGAUAGGUUCAGUUUAUAAUCCUGGUUUUAAUGAUUAUUAUGAACGCCCAAGUUACGCUUUCACCUAUGGAGUCGCUGAUCACUCAACCGGAGAUGUGAAGUCUCAACAUGAAAGUAGAGAUGGUGAUGUUGUAAAAGGUCAAUACUCAUUAGUAGAGCCCGAUGGAUCUAUACGUACUGUGGAUUAUACAGCAGAUUCCGUUAACGGAUUUAAUGCGGUUGUAUCAAAGAUUGGGCCGAGUGUACACUCAGUAGGACCGGUACAUGUAAGACCAGUACCACAAGUGCAACCUGUUUUUCGGGUCCUACCAAAGCAUGCGCCUGUAAUACCCGUAAACCUACCAAAGCCUGUGAUACCUAAUCAAAUAAUAUAUGCAUCUCCAGCACCCUACGUGUUUUCCAAGGUUGAGGGGUCGCAUUAUCCAGAAUAUGACGAAUUUGAGCUCGACGGACCAUAUCAACUGUCAUCGAAAAACUAUUAUUAG